UUUUAUCCGAUCCAUAAAAUAUACGUUUGCGAUGGUGGAAUUGUUACUUUAUAAAUAAUAUAUAUUUUGAUAAACACAUUGUAUUUUUAGAAGAUUUAUGUCGUAUAGAUAAAUUCAAUGAAUUUUGAAGAAGAAAUAAUAUCAAUGCGAAUUGAUUAACGUUGUUCGAAAGAAGAGGUUAAAAUGAUUGACAUUAAGCUGUCAUUGUUUACCGAUUUCUCCUAGUGUUUUUAUUUAUUCACAAUUUUAUUAACGAUAUUGUGGUGACUAAAGCGUUUAUAUUAUUUCAAUAUACUUUUAUUUUUUAACGAUGAAUGCUGUUAAUGUCCCGUUAUAUGAUUUUUAUGAAAGUAAAUAACGUCUUAUCAGUUGAGCGAUAAAAUCGUAUGAAAGUGUAUAAGUUACAAAAAUAUGUGAAAUACUGUACAUCAUAUAAAAGCAAUGGCUUCAAUCUGUAGACGAUGGAGAUUAUGGAUAUUACCAGUUUUGACUUGCUUGUAUGCUCUCUUAAUUGUUAUAUUAGUACCGCUUUUAAUAGCUAAUUCUAUUAAGAAUGAUUUAGAUAAACAAAAGCAAGGUGCAUUGGUGGGUGGAGCGUUUGUAUUAUUGGCAUUGCCUAUCGCUUUUUACGAAAUCGUCCAACAUAUGAUAUAUUACACUCAACCUAGGUUACAAAAAUAUAUCAUUAGAAUAUUAUGGAUGGUACCUAUUUAUGCGGUAAAUGCUUGGUUGGGACUUGUAUAUCCUGAAGGCAGUAUAUACGUCGAUAGUAUAAGAGAGUGUUACGAGGCAUACGUGAUAUAUAAUUUCAUGAUGUAUCUGUUGGCCUAUCUAAAUGCAGAUCAUCAAUUAGAACACAGAUUGGAGAUGUCUCCUCAGGUACAUCAUAUGUUUCCUUUAUGCUGUCUUCCUGAUUGGGAAAUGGGACGAGAAUUUGUACAUAUGUGCAAACACGGUAUUUUACAAUACACAGCAGUUAGGCCUAUAUCAACUUUAGUAUCUUUUAUAUGCGAAUUAAAUGGAGUAUAUGGAGAAGGAGAAUUUAGAGCAGAUAUUGCUUUUCCAUACAUGAUCGCUCUAAAUAAUUUGUCUCAAUUUAUUGCAAUGUAUUGCUUAGUUCUUUUCUAUCGUGCUAAUUCGGAAGCUCUAAAACCAAUGAAACCAAUUGGGAAGUUUUUGUGUAUUAAAGCAGUCGUUUUCUUUUCGUUUUUUCAAGGAUUUAUAAUCGCUUUGUUGGUAUACUUUAACGUAAUAUCAAGUAUAUUUAAUACGUAUAACACACAUCUUAUAAGAAAUAUAUCUUCCAAAUUACAAGAUUUCUUAAUUUGUAUUGAAAUGUUCUUAGCUGCGAUAGCACAUCAUUACAGUUUUACGUAUAAACCAUUUGUAAAUUUAGCACAGAGUCAAGCUUGGUGGGACGCAUUUAGGGCAAUGUGGGAUGUUUCCGAUGUACAUAACGAUAUUAAAGAACACUUAGGAGUUGUUGGAUCAUCCCUAAGUCGCAGAAUUAGAGGACGCAGUGCUUAUCAACAAGCAUGGGGAAGUGCAACAGAACGUACGUCGCUUCUUCCUGAAGCAGCAGCAGUAAUACCUAGAAGCGCACCUGCUUGUUCGUUUUCUAGUUAUAAUACAGCUGAAAAUGGACAGAAUAAUAAUCCCGGUGAUAGUUUUUCUGUAUCAACUGACAUAAAUACCGAUACGCAGCAUAGUACUAAUAACAUAAGUACAUAGUUACGAUGUCGAAAUCAUACGUAU